ACCAUGACAAGUCGUUUGCGUUCUAAGCUGGCAAUAACCACAUUUAAUAAAGAAACCAAAAUUUGGCAUGGUGAACGUGUAGAUCAUGUUUUUGGGACUCACGACUCCAUUGGAUCAGUUGCUAUAUCAUCGCUGCUAAAAGAUCCUGAUCAUAUAGCUCAGAUUUGUUAUCCUAGCGGUAAAGAAUACACAAAUCGGGAAAUAGCUACACUCUCAAUACGAAUUGCCCUUAAUUUACAAAAACUUAAUGUAGAGCAGCAGGAUGUUAUAGGUUUGUGUGCUGCUAAUAGUGAUUUUGUAGCUCCUUUAACCUUUGGAGCACUGUUAUGUGGCCUAAGUGUUAGUACUCUUGAUCCCAGUUUUGAUAAAAGUGGAAUUGCUCAUGUCUAUUCCAUAACAAAACCCAAAAUAAUGUUCUGUGAUGGUGAUAAUUAUGAAAGUGUAAAGUCUGCUCUAGAUGAAUGCAAUCUUUGCGACACAAUUAUAUAUACUGUUAGUAAACAUAUUGAUAAGGUGCCAUCAUUGGAGGAAUUGAUGGAGUAUAAUGAAGGGGAAAAGGAUUUCAAAGCUCCAGUUUUGGAACAGGGUUGGAAUCAAGUUGCCAUGAUUUUGUGUUCGUCCGGUACCACGGGUUUGCCGAAAGGUGUUACCAUGUCGCAUGCCAGUAUUUUAAAUGCCAAAAAAUUUGAAUUUCUUCCCUCGGAUAAAUUCCUUUGUUUUAGUACUCUUUACUGGUUAACGGGUCUAGUAACCCUGGUUCAUGGUACUAUUGCUGGUAUAACCCGUGUGAUAUCUAAUCGACCGUAUUCAACCGACGACUUCUUCAAUAUAGUAGAGCGUUACAAAGUGAAUAUACUUUUAAGUCCACCAUCACAGAUGGCCAUGACUCUCACUUCGGAUAGAAUUAAUAAUUGCGAUCUGUCAAGUAUUGAGCUUUUUAUGGCCGGUGGUAGUGCUGUUCCCUAUAGUCUUGUUAAAAAGUUUAAACAGUUUGCCAAAAAUGCCGUUUUUCUCACCGGUUAUGGCAUGAGUGAAGCUUGCGUUUGGAUUUCUUACUACGAAAUGGAAGCUAGAGAUUCAGUUGGUAAAUUAAACUGUAACGUUGAGGUUAAAAUUAUCAAUGAUAACGGUCAAAAUUUGGCUGCAAAUGAUGUUGGAGAGAUUUGUAUUCGCACACCCUAUGCCUGGGCUAGUUACUUUAAUAAUUCCGAAGCCACUGCUAAUAUAUACGAUAAAGAUGGUUGGAUUCAUAGUGGCGAUUUAGGCUAUUUCGAUGAUGAUGGCCACCUAUAUAUAAUCGAUCGAAAGAAAGAUAUUUUAAAAUAUAAUAAUUACCAUUUUUAUCCUACCGAAAUUGAAAAGGUCAUCAUGGAACUGCACGAUGUAGUUGAAGUUAGUGUGGUUGGUAUUUCCGACAAUAUAUAUACACAUUUACCUGCAGCAGCUGUCGUAAAACGUCCAAACAGUCACUUAAGUGAGAAAGAUGUAUGUGAGUAUGUUGCUAAUAGGAUGCAGCAUUUCGAGCAAUUGCGCGGUGGAGUUUAUUUCUUUGAAAAUUUACCUCGUACUAAGUCGGGAAAAACUCUUCGUCGCGAGGUAACAAAAAUUUUUUUAUAA